CAGGCACCGCAGAGCCAAAGCGCCUGUCUUUUGAACCGCAUUCAAGGCAAUUAGAGACUGGGAUUAAACACACACGCGACACCGGCAUCCUCAGCAUCGAAAGGGAUUAUCCCGGUCGGCAGGGGCAUGGAGCUGCGGCGAGGCCAGCUUGUCCCACGACGGAGAUCUCCCUGCUCCGCUCGCACAGGUUCAGCGGAGAGGCAGAGCUUGCACCCAGUCGUAAUGGGAGCCCUGAGGUGGCUUUUCUGGGCCGGGCUGGGCUACCUGAGCUGCUGUCCCCCCCGGGCACAGGCGCAGUUCCCCCGCGCCUGCAUGACGGUGGACGCCCUUCGCUUGAAGCGCUGCUGCCCAGCUUUGGGGACGGAGCCAGGCAAUGUCUGUGGGUCCCUGCAGGGCAGGGGAUGGUGUCAAGGGGUGCAGGUGGACACUCAGCCCUGGAGUGGCCCCUACACCCUUCGAAAUGUGGAUGAUCGGGAACGGUGGCCCCUCAAGUUCUUCAACCAGAGCUGUCGGUGCACAGGAAACUUUGCUGGCUAUAACUGUGGUGACUGCAAAUUUGGCUGGAUCGGCCCCGACUGCAACGUGAGGAAGCCACCAGUUGUCAGGAAGGAUGUCCACUCCCUGACGGCAGAGGAGAGAGAGCAGUUCUUCGAUGCUCUAGACCGUGCAAAGACAACCAUUCACCCAGACUAUGUAAUUGCAACGCAGCACUGGUUAAGUCUGCUUGGCCCCACCGGAGAGGAACCGCAAAUUGCCAACUGUAGUAUUUAUAAUUACUUUGUUUGGCUCCAUUACUACUCAGUCAGAGACACGCUAUUAGGACCUGGCCGCCCCUUCACGGGUAUCGAUUUCUCCCAUCAAGGACCUGCCUUUGUUACUUGGCAUAGGUACCAUUUGCUGCUGCUGGAAAGAGACUUGCAGCGACUGAUGGGCAACGACUCCUUCGCGCUGCCCUACUGGAACUUUGCCACAGGUAGAAACGAGUGCGACGUCUGCACGGACCAGCUCUUCGGAGCAUCGCGGCCGGAUGACCCAGGGCUGAUCAGCCUGAGCUCCAGGUUCUCCCGGUGGCAAAUAGUUUGUAACAGCUUGGAUGACUACAACCGCCUGGUCACACUGUGCAACGGGAGUGAUGAAGGGCCGCUGCGGCGGAGGCCUCCUGGGGGGUCCAGCGAGCAGCUGCCCACCGCAGAGGACGUCAGGAGGUGCCUUUCCCUGCAGGAGUUCGACAGCCCCCCCUUUUUCCGCAAUUCCAGUUUCAGUUUCAGGAAUGCGCUGGAGGGCUUUGAUAAAUCAGGUGGAGCCCUUAAUUCACCGAUGCUGAGCCUUCAUAAUUUGGCUCACUCUUUCCUGAAUGGGACCAGCGUUCUCCCUCAUGCAGCCGCCAAUGAUCCCAUCUUUGUGGUUCUUCACUCCUUUACCGAUGCCAUCUUUGACGAGUGGAUGAAGCGGUUUAACCCCCCUGACAACGCCUGGCCGGAGGAGCUGGCCCCCAUCGGCCACAACAGACUGUAUAACAUGGUCCCUUUUUUCCCUCCUGUGACCAACGACGAGCUCUUCCACACAGCAGAGCAGCUCGGCUACACCUAUGCCAUUGACCUGCCAGGUUCACUUGAAGAAACCCAAGUGUGGGCUGUCAUGGUUGGAUCCACAGUUGGAGGAGCACUUACAGCUCUGGCCACGCUGGUUCUGCUGCUUGUACUUUUCCAGCACCGAAGGCAGAGAAGAGGCUUUGAACCACUGAUGAAUGUGAGCUUCAGCCCCAAAAAGUACAUGGAAGAGGCCUAAUGCCCUCACUUUGUUUCUUUGCUUAUUCUCGUAGGAAGUGAUCUUGAUUGCUUUGUUGAGAUCUUAGCUAAGAGUUUAUCACACCCUCCUUUGGCAGCUGACUACAUUGUUCUCAUUUGGGUUUUCCUGUUAUCUUGUGAAUUGUAGUAUAUGAAGUCUCUGGGUACAUCUGUGCAAGGCCCAAGACAGGCCAGACUUUUCUCAUUACCAACCAUCAUCUGGAGUGUGUGACACUUGUAAGUCAUCCUCUGUAGAUUUAGGCAGCUGAGAAUCCAAAUAGAAGAAAACUAACUUGAAUAACCAAGAUAAUUUUCACCUCAAUGUGUUUUUGAUUUCAUUUAGCAGCUCUAAGAUGUGCUGAAAGUUAUUAACUCUACAUAUAUAU